UUCUGUCAACGGGAGCAGACAGCAGAGGCUAAUCUUAACUUAAUCACUUUUCCUUUUCACUUUUGUUUUCAAAACUUCACUGCUUGAAACCACAUAAACAGAACUAACUGAUUGUGUUAUUGUUUUGUGAUUUGUCGAUAAAAAAUAUUUUCUGAAGUCCAUCAGUGACAUUAUUAUUUUUUACUCUUACUCACACAAAUCAUGACUUUGGAGAAUGAACAUCCAAGAAAACUGAUCCCUUCUCUUUGUAAACAAUUUUAUGAUCUUGGCUGGGUUACGGGGACAGGAGGAGGCAUAAGCAUCAAACAUGGGAAGGAGAUUUAUAUUGCACCAUCUGGUGUACAAAAAGAAAGAAUUUUGUCUGAAGAUUUGUUUGUUCAAGAUAUUGACGGUAACGACUUAGAAUUGCCUCCAAGUUCAAAAAACCUCAAGAAAAGCCAAUGCACUCCUCUUUUCAUGUGUGCAUACAAAGCUCGCAACGCAGGCGCAGUAAUACACACACACUCUAAGGCUGCAGUAAUGGCAACUCUGCUCUACCCAGGCAAAGUUUUUAAAUGUACACACUUGGAAAUGAUCAAGGGCAUAAAGAAUCCAAAGCUUGGUCGCAACUACAUGUACGACGAGAUGUUAGUGGUGCCGAUCAUUGAGAACACGCCGUGGGAGGAGGAUUUGAAGGAUCGGAUGGCACAGGUGAUGGAAGAAUACCCGGAAACCUCAGCUGUGUUGGUGCGCAGACACGGCGUUUACGUGUGGGGCGAUACGUGGGAAAAAGCCAAGACCAUGUGUGAAUGCUACGAUUAUCUGUUUGACAUUGCGGUCCAGAUGAAGACUGCUGGACUCGACCCAACAAUACCUCCUGCCGGUGUGGAUGAAUUAUAACUUCUAAGGGAAACUGAAUGUGGCAUUUAAAAGAAUAGCCUUUUACACAAUUGAUCUAGAAAUGUAUAUGGAAGUAAAUGGCUACAUAAAAGUGAGAUGAGCCUUAAAACCUAUAAAGCAAAUGUGAUAAUAAUUAUACACACAGGCUAACCCGAGUUCUACCCUUAAAACAUUUUUGGUACACACUGUAAAGGUACUACUAGUAUAAGUGUUUCUGAAAAAAAUAAAAACUAGAUCUUUAAAAUAUGUACAGUAGAACGUCGAUUAUCCGAAGCCCGGUCAUCCGAAACGUCGGUUAACCGAAAGGAAGAAAGAAGCAAAAAUCAAUAAAAUCGCCAAUCACGACUGGCCGUAGCGCUACGCCGCCGCACGGCUGCUAAGUGGUGAAAGUCUAAAUAUAGCUCAAAGGUCUGACCCUCCCCCUUCCCCCAAACCCCUACUUCAUUCAGUGUUACGCCCGCUCACUUCGAGGUCAUUGCACAACCCCUCCCUCCCUUCUAUUGUUUUUCAUUGCCAGUCACUAGUCAGUCGCCGGCGACUGCUUUGAGUUGACCUAUUCUGUUAUAGCAGCUAAAAAAUAGGUUAGGACAACUACCUCUUGCUUAUUUCUACAAUGUAAAACUAAUUGUAUUACUGUAGAAUCUACAGUAGUAAAUAUUAUCCAGUAUUUCACGUAAACACAAGCUACAUUUGAACAAAUAUUGAUUUUUUUACCAAUUUUAACCAAACUCGACUCGAAACUGCCGAGUUAAAAAAUAAGCUCGAGUUUCAAAGGCCGUACUCGACUCGAAUUUGAAAUCUCAAGUACUCGCACAUCUCUAUAAUUAAUCAAAUUUAUAUUAUUGUACAGUAUCCACAGACACGAAAUCGGCAAAUCGCCGCCGGCCGCUAUCCCUUUCCAUCAUUUCCCGUUCCCCGUAUUUUUCCUGUCAAUGACCGAUUAUCCGAAAAAUCAGUUAUCCGAACAACCCCAAUCCCCAAUUAAUUCGGAUAAUCGACGUUCUACUGUAUUUACAUUGUUGAAAAACUGAUUAUUGGUUAAUUGUAUAACUGAUUCAUAAAAUCAAUCAAAACUUUACCUAGGUUUACCUAGUCAAUUAAAAAAUGUUUUAUAUUUUCAUGACCUCCUCUAAUGCAAGGCACAGACAGGAACCCCAUCCCACAUGCGAGGAACAUUUCCCUCAUAUUUGUCCUAGCGAGGGCCGCAGUCCCUGCCUACCAAACCAGCUGUAACACUAAUUCAUAUUGAGUCUAGGACUAGGAAAAGCUAAUGUUUACAUGUUUGUUAUUACUACUGUUAUUAUUUUGACAAGUAGGCCGGUGAAUGAAGGGGUUUGUGGCAUUGCCAAACCUUAUACUGUCCUUGUAUCAGAGGAGGCUGUGAUAUUUUAUGAUUUAGUCCUUAUCAUGUUAAUUUACAAUUUUAAAUAUAUUUUUCAUCUUUAUAAAUUUACUCAGGGAGACAGUUGUUCAUGUAUUGUAUGUUAUACUUAUAAACUA